AUGGUCGAAGGAGAUGGGAAAAUAGGAGUCACUAUUCUUUUUCUCUGGAACUGUUUUUGCCAAGAACUCUUGAAUGGUCCUCCAAUAACGAUCACCACCAGCCAACCAUGUAUCCAUAUGCAUACCAGUAGGGAAUUCUACGAAAAAGCAUUGGCGAUUGCGUGCAGCUGCUUUAGCGUACAACAUCUCCAUAACUCCAGCCAUGUCCAGAAUAGAUGUGAAAGAUUGUUUUUGGUUAGCACAGCCCCAACAGCUCCCCCAAGUGAUCUUCCAAAGACUAUAAUUCUGGACGUAUCGAUAAAGCAUGAAAACGUUGCAUUGCAGUUUCUGCAACAUUACGUGAACCAUUUCAAGACGAUGAGCAAUGUCUGCAAUAACAUAGUUAAGGAUUUAAAACAGAUUUAUUCCAUCGGGGAAGAGCUUGAUAAACCAGGAGUGGAGGCGGACGCCAUCGGAGGACAUGAGCCAGACAUCCUCGUACAGGAGGCGGAGUCGAUCUGGAGUGAUUUGGCAGGACCGGCACGUAGACUAGCUUUUCCUGGAAGGCGACGAGCAAUGCCAUGCCCGCCACCACGAUCCCCCCGACCCCGUACAACAACGCGCUCACGUACGACACCAUGUGACUUUACGCACUUCCUCCAGAAAGCUUCUUCUCGCUCUACUUUUUCCCUGUGUAGAAGCUCGCGCGCGUGUGUCCACGCACUUGUCGCAUGUACAGCUUUGUGCGGCCGAUCAAGCGCAGGGAGGACUAUGAUUGGGAAGAGCAGGAGCGACGAUCUUGGCUUUCCGGGUUGGGAAUUCGAGAAGAACGACGUCGUUUGGGAGAUCCUUGCGCUGGUUCCUAGUUUAUUUAGUCGAAAACUGGAAAGUGAA